AUGGACAGUCCCACAGGGCUACAAUAUGGAGACCUGGGUCUGCACGGCCUCCCUUUGCUCUGGCAUUAUAAAUGGCUGUGGUUUGUCUGUAGAGUCUUGGGUAGGUUGAGUCAACAUGGGGCUGGGAGCUGGGCAGGGGUUGAGGAUGGGCAGGGGUCCUCUGUCCCCAGGGACUGUGUGGAGAGCAGAAGGGGUGUUUGUGUGGGAAGGGAUGGUGGAGACUGUCUAGCAGGGUUAGAUGUAGAUUGGUGUUCUGACCGGGAUGCUGGGUUCUCUCUUUGCUGCAGGGUAAGGAAGCUGGAAGCCAGCUAUGGCAUAGCCACCUCAGAGGUUCCUAAGUCUGAAAAAGAUACCGGCCCUGAACCUUGCGAGCCCUGCUCAGAGACCUGACCACAGGAGCCUGAGGCAAAGUCCAAGUCUCAGUUGGGGCUUGAGACUGAAGCCCAGCCGACUGUUGGAGUUCCUGGUGACCGGCAGUUUGAGGAGGUGCUGGCCAUCUCUGGGGGAAUCUACGGUGGUCUGCACUACCUUCCCAGCCGCUACCACAGCUGGUUCUAAGACCACCAUCGCUCCGCGGUGGUGCUGGCCCAGCCCAGUCGAGGAGUGAUGAGAAUCGCGCUGGAGUCGAUGCACGUGAUCGACGCCAGGGAGAUGGCGCUGGUGGAGGGGCUGCGCGUGGCGCCCUGGGAGCGUGGCAAGGGCGUGGCAGGGCUGCUGCAGGGCUUCUGCUCGCAGCUGGUCAAGCAACAGUACCCAGGGGUCAAGGUGGUACGGCUCACCCGGGACGACCAGCUGGGCCCCCGGGAGCUGAAGAAAUACCACCUCAUUACCAAGCAGGGCAUCCGUUUGAUGCGGUUCAAGGCGUCCGCCCUCCUGGCUGGGCUGGGUGCGCGACUGGCAGCGCUGAGGGCCUCUGGCACCUUCUCGCCGCUGCCCACCGAAGCCGUGUCAGAGGCAGGCGGCGACGUGGCACGCCUCCUGCUGUCGCCCUCCUUGCAGCGCGACGUGUUUCCGGGUGGGACUAUCAUCCAAGACUGGCAGCCCUACCGGCCGAGUGAGAGCAACCUGCGCCUGCUGGCGGCCAAGGGCCUGGAGUGGUGCGUGCACAGCCGCGCGCGCCCGCGUGUGCUCACUCUGUGCACGCGCCCCUCCCCCACUUCGCACGGUGCAGACGGCACGUGGCACUACCUCAACAUCAAUGCUUUUGGCAGCGAUGGCGAGCGCCUCAACGUCAUGCGUCAGCUCUUCCUGGCGCCCCAGUUGUGGUCACGGCUGGCCGACUUCUGCCAGGACGGGUUGGGACUCGCGCUCGUCAAGGGUUACUGAACAGGUACUGAACAGUACCUGCUGGAGACCGACAUCUGA